AUGCGUGGUGGCGCCCUCAGCGGCAGGUGGCGGCACGCCCAAGGUGGCGUGCGUGGUGGCACCCUCAGCGGCAGGCGACGGCUAGCCCAAGGUGGCGCACGUGGUAGCGCCCUCAGCGGCAGGCAGCGGCGCACCCCAGGUGGCGCGCGUGGUGACACCCUCAGCGGCAGGCGGCAGCGCGUCCCAGCGGCAGGCGGCGGCGCACCCCAGGUGGCACGCGUGGUGACGCCCUCAGCGGCAGGCGGCAGCGCGUCCCAGGUGGCGCGCACGGUGGCGCCCUCAGCGGCAGCGGCAGGCAGCGGCGCACCCCAGGUGGCGCGCGUGGUGACGCCCUCAGCGGCAGGCGGCAGCGCGUCCCAGGUGGCGCGCAUGGUGGCGCCCUCAGCGGCAGGUGGCGGCACGCCCCAGGUGGCGCGCGUGUUUGCGCCCUCAGCGACAGGCGGCGGCACGCCCAAGGUGGCCAGCAGGCGGCGGCGCGCCCCAGGUGGCGCGCAUGGUGGCUCCCUCAGAGGCAGGCGGUUGUAUGGCGCCUUCUACGGACCGAGUGGCAGCACGGCCGUUGGGGGCGGCGGCGGGGGCGGCGGCGGCGGCAUCGUAGCUGUUGUGUCCGCCUCGGUGUCUUGUGGCACGGCGUCGACAACCCGGUCGUCUGCCAGACUAGAUCGCGAUGUGGUGGUUUUGCGACACGAGGCCACGUCAGCUGCGCUCUCGGUGGCUGGGGGCGGCGUCGUCGGUGGUGCCGGAGGUGGUAUUCGGGAUCCACAGUGGCGCUGCGUGUGA